UUGCGCAUACAGUGGUUUGUGGUUAUAUUUCGUACAUUGUCUCAAUUGUUGCAAUUUUCCCGUUGUUUUUCUUGAACCAGGUGUAACUAUAAUUACUAAAAAUGGGUAACAGCCCGACGAAAGUGGAGGGCAAGCCUGAAGAAGAGAAGAAGAAAUUGAAACCUUGCUGCGCUUGUCCUGAAACGAAAAAUGCAAGAGAUACAUGUAUCAUAGAAAAAGGUGAGGAAAAUUGCGGCGACCUUAUAGAAGCCCAUAAAAUCUGUAUGCGAUCUAUGGGAUUUAACAUAUAAGACAUGAUGCAAAAAAGAAGGAUAUUAUGUUACCACAAAGAUCUAUGCCAUGAAGACCAAUAUCUGCGGAGAAUCUUGGCUGUGAUCAAGUCAUGGAUGUUUUGAUGCUUCUGUAUAAUAAUAUGUCUUUAUAUAUUAUUUUACUCUUAGAAAGUCUUCUACAAAGACUUUGUAGAAAUAGUAUUAUUUGUGUGAAAUCAAACGAGUUCCUUAAAAUGUAAAUAAACUUCAUAGAAAAUUA